AUGGCAGACACUGAUGAGGAGAUUGAGUUACAAUCGGCGUAUCUAGCUACAUAUCUAGUUCAACAUUAUUAUACAACAUACAUUGAAAAGACUCCUUGUCACGGUGCUGGAAACCGGUUGACACAAGAGCGAUUCCAGCACUCAGGCGAGACAGUUAGUCGAUAUUUCAAUAAGGUUUUAGAUGUUUUAUGUCAUAUGAGUGUAGAUGUAUUAAAACCUCCAGACCCAGACUUUAAAGAUGUUCCUGAAGAGAUAUUGAGAGAUUCUAGAUACAUGCCUCAUUUUAAGAAUUGUAUUGGCGCAAUAGACGGUGUACAUGUGAAUGCCGUAAUUCCUCCUGAAGAUCAAGUACCGUUUGUUGGUAGAAAAGGGGUACCAACUCAGAAUGUCAUGGCAGUAUGUAAUUUUGAUAUGCAAUUUAUAUAUGCAUAUGCCGGGUGGGAAGGAAAAUAUUAUUUAGUAGACGCGGGAUACCCACAAAUUACAGGUUUUUUAGGACCAUAUAAAGGCCAAAGAUACCAUCUUCCACAAUUUCAACGAGGUAGCAAACCUACUGGCUAUAAAGAGGUAUUCAACCAGGCACAUUCUUCUCUUCGAAGUGUUAUUGAAAGAACUUUUGGAGUAUGGAAGAAGAGAUGGAAAAUAUUAAGAGAUAUGCCUAGUUAUCCAUACCAGAAGCAAGUAAAAAUAGUGAUUGCAUCAAUGGCCUUGCAUAAUUACAUUCGAAGGCAUGCAAAACGUGAUCGACAUUUUGAGAAAAUUAGAGACAAUCCAGAUUAUUGUGCAAAUAAUCAAACGAAUAUUGAAGAUGAAGAUGAGACCAUUACAACUUCAAAUUUAAAUGAAAUGGACAAUAUCAGAGAUAUGAUUGCUGCAAGUUUAAUGGGACAUAAUUAA